UUUUACAUGUGUUUGGUUAUACAACUGUACUUUGUAGCUUUCAGUGCAGUUCUAAUUUAGUAAGCUUGCCCUUCUAUACUAAUUAUCAGCGCGUUCCCGCUUAUCCUUCGAACAAACUGAAUUUUUCAUGUACCGUAACCGCGUAGUGUCCUGUUAGAUGAAAAAUUGGAGGGGCAAGCAUCGAUCAAGCCUGUAGAACCAUAUUCCCGGUCGAUCGUGAUUAGUGCUUGUGGAAAUUUUGGGAGGAGUCAUGCACAACAAGCUCGAGACAGAAGAAACAUUCAUAGCUACCAUGCUCAAUAAACGCUGCGUGACAGACAAUGACGGGGAGAGGGUCCAAGAGACGGGGUCGACCUCCGAAAUCGGUGGUCAUGGAAAGACCCAAAAAGUUUCAGUAUCAUCUUAUGAAGAAGCCAAAAUACUUGCAAAACAAGGGUUCGGAAACUCCAAAUUCACAGCCGAGUACACCAACACCCUCGAGACCGUCAUCGCCAGUCGAAAGCGAAGAAAGCAGACGUAGCACACGAACUCGAAAAUCUCGAGGACCCAGAGACAGACAUUCGCGCAAAGGUGGUCAUUCAAGUUCUGGUGCAUAUCAACGCCGAGGUUACAAUCCAAAUGUUGAUUAUCAUGAUUCUGAAUAUCAUUAUGGGUCGGAUUUUGGAGAUGAGUCCAGUGAAAAAAGUGAAGUUGAAGAAGACCUUCUGCAAAGCGAUGUAGACUCAUCUGAAAGUAUAGAAGAACCUGAUCCCUCCAGUGACAGUGACUUUUCUCUCUCCAGUUAUAGUACUACUAGUGGCACACCCCGUAAGACAUUACUUAGUCAGCAAAGGCCACCAAGUCCAGAGCCAUUAUGGCUUCAGAAUAGGGAACUGCCACUAUUAAAUUUACCUAAAUCUUCAGAUGACCUAUUAGUCCCUAGAGAACUUGUUAUGCCAUGUUUAUCUAUCUAUGAAGUCUUGAGACACUUUCGUACAUUAGUACGUCUUUCAGCCUUUAGGUUUGAAGAUUUCUGUGCUGCACUUAUGUGUGAAGAUCAAACCAAUCUAUUGGCUGAAAUGCAUAUUAUGCUUAUUAAAGCACUUCUUAGAGAAGAAGAUUCUCAGCAAACACACUUUGGUCCUCUUGACCAAAAAGAUUCUGUGAAUGUUAGCUUAUACUUUGUGGAUUCUAUGACUUGGUCAGAAGUGUUACGCUCUUACGUGGAAAGUGACAAAUCAUUUGAUCAAAAUAUUUUACACAUUUUAACAACAUGUGAAUAUCCUUUUACUUCUGUUGAAGAUAGAAUCAAGGUGCUACAAUUCUUGACAGAUCAAUUUUUAAUUACAAAUCCAAUAAGAGAAGAUCUGUUGCAUGAAGGAAAUAUGCAUUAUGAUGAUCAUUGUAGAGUAUGUCAUCGUCUAGGAGAUUUAUUAUGUUGUGAAACCUGUCCUGCAGUGUUCCACUUAGAAUGUGUUGAACCUCCAUUGGUUGAUGUUCCUACAGAAGACUGGCAGUGUAGCACAUGCAAAGCUCACAAAGUUACAGGGGUUGCUGAUUGUAUACCUGAUGUUGAAAAGAAUGGCUCACUAUGUCGUCAAGAGCAUUUAGGAUUUGAUAGACAUGGCAGAAAAUAUUGGUUUCUUGUAAGAAGGAUUUUUGUUGAGAGUGAAGAUGGUGAAGUUUGGUAUUACAGUACAGGUUUACAAUUAGAAGAACUAUUACUAUGUUUAGAUCGUAAUGAAAUGGAAGUUGCACUUUAUAGAGAAUUAUCAGACUACAAAGAUGAAAUUGUAAGACAAAUGGAGCUUACAGAACAAAUUACCAAUCAAUACAAGGGUAAUAAAAAGUCAUAUCUAGAAGUAGAGAAUAGUCUCAUACAGAAAUUACAAAAAGAACGUCAAGAGAAACAAGAAAAAGAAGAAGAAGAAAAAAAAGAAAAACAAAGACAAGAAGCUGAAGAAAUGGUUCGCAGAAUACACGAGGGUACUGAUUCUCUUGAAGAACAGUUAGCAGCUGUUACUGAGCAACAGGAAACAAAAUCAUCUGAAGAGUCAAAUACAAAGGAAAAUACUCAAAAAAUAGUUACAGAAAAUGUGGAAAUAGAUGGUGUAGAUACUAAUUUAACAGAUAGAGUAAAUAAAGAUAUCAAAGCUGGUACAUCAACAUCAUCAUCUGAAGAAAUUGAUGAAGACAUACUAGAAGGAGAAGAGGGUAUCUCAAAAAUUGGUAAAGAUGGAAAGAAACAUACUAUUGUAACAAGGUCAAAAACAGGAUCUUUACAACCUAGAACAUUUAAUAUGGAUGAUCUAAAGAAGCGUAGUACUGGACAAUUAUCAAAAGAAGAGUUAGAAAAAUUAGAUAAAGGAUUGAAAGAGGAAGGAGAUGGUACCAGAUUAACGAGACAGAAAGCUCAUCAAAUAGCUUCUGGUACACAUCUUUUUAAAUUAGGAAUGGAUAACAACUUUAAAUCAUAUGUGAAUCAGUACAGUACUAAUCCCAUUGCUUUAAAUAAGGCCCAACGCAAUGAAGAACGCGAUAAAAAAAGACAUCUAUCACACAAAUUUUCACUUACCCAGGCUUCUGAAUUUAAGUGGGUAGGAAGUCUAACAGGAACACGUGCUCUUUUAGUAAGCACACUUCGUCAGACAAUUCUUCAACUUGAAAGUAGUAUUCAAUCAUCAUUUAUGCAUACUAAUUGGCCUCUUUUACGUAAACCUUGGACAACAGCAGUAGGUGCUUGUGUUAAUCCAAGAGAUUUUGCACGUGCUCUUAUUGUAUUACAAGCAUGUAUUAAAUCAGUAGUGUUUGCUAGUGUAUGGCAUGAUCAACUUGGACACGUGAAAUUACAAAGAGUAACGGCCCUUGAACGAGAAGAAAAAAAGCGUCAAGAUAAAAAAGAUAAGAAAGAAAGAGAAGAUGAAGAAGAACGUAAUCGUUUAUUUAACUUCGUUAAAUAUACAUUAGGCUUAAAACAUCAAGUCUGGAAACAGAAAGGAGAAGAAUAUCGAGUACAUGGUCAAGGUGGUUGGUUGUGGGUAUCUGCUAGCCGCCGCUACAGGUGUUCUGAUAUGUCAAAGCUAGGUCUUCGAAUAGGUCCACAAAAAAUUAUGGUACAAAUUAAAGAUCAAGAAGGAUUAAAAAUACUAGCUUUAGAUCCUCCUACAUAUGAUUUUUUGGUAAAGGAAUAUUGUUCCUCUAAAAAACAAGAAAAUAAUAUGAAUGUUAAAAUAAAAGAAGAAAUUAAAGAGGAAGAAUUAUCAAAGGAUACGUCAAUUGAUACGUGUAUAAAACAAGAAUGCAAAGAAGAAGAUAUAAAAACAGAACCAAUUGAAGAUAAACAAAAUAAGACAGAAAUAGAUACAAAAAUAGAAGAGACUACAAUGUCGAAAACGGAGUCAAAACCAAUCAAGCAGGAAACAAAAAUGCACUUAUCAUUUUUGGCUGGAAUGAAAAUCGAGAAGGUUUAUACACCUAUUAAAGAAUUUGAAGAAAUUGAUAUUACUAAGGCUCUAACGACUAGUGGAAGGCUACAUUAUCCAAAAAUUGCUAAGAAGACUAGAAUUGAUGAUUUCUUAGCUCGUAGAACACAUUUAAAACUUUUGGAAGAAAGAAGAUUACUACAAACUGAGAAAUCGAAAGAGCAAUCAAAUCAAUCAACAAAUCAAAAAGUAGAUGGAGAUUCCGAAAUUGAUAUAGAAAAUAACGAAGAAAGUGAUACUGAUGGAGGUGAUAAUUCUUUACAAAGUAUUCUUACUGGAAAGCAGCCUAAGACUAUGUCCACAUCAGCUAGAGAAAUGCUGACUGUGAUAGGAAAACGUAUUCAACAUGUUAAAGCUCAAUAUACAAACAUAAUGAGAUUUAGCAAAAAUAGUAGUUGUUAUUCGCGAUACUGUAAUAUGACAGCACCUCCGGGAAAGAUAACAACUACAACACAAAGUUUAACGUCUUCUUGUUACUCUCCUAUAUGUCUUCAAAAAGCAAGAUUAAAACUUGAUCUUAUUGCAUUAUUGAGAAAAGCUAAUGCUUUAAAUAAUAAUCAAUCGACAUCAAAUUUAUCAAUUGGAUCAACGACGAUACAAUUAUCACAAGCAAGUUCAAAGUCAGAAGGAAACGACGAAGCUAAAGAUGCAAUCAGAAAGGACUUAGAAUCUGCUGUAGCAUCAGCAACACAUUGUACUGAAGAAACACCAGCUACUAAUGUAGUAAAAGAUGUUUCACCGCCUAUUAAAAAGAUAAAAAUUGAAUCUAACACAAAUGCUGAUAAUGAUGCAAGUACAGAACAUAGUGCAGUAACUUCUACAACAAAUAAUGUAGUUACUACUACGACAGUAACUACAACACAUCAGACUAUAAAAACAGUUGAUGGCGUCGUGCAAAGUAUGCAAGAAAGUACAAAUUCUCAAAAUUCAAUUGCGUUUUCAUCCGAAGUUAAAACAAGGUAAUGUAUCUUUAAGGAUAUUUUAUUGGUUUUUAUACAAGUUGUUAAAAUUAUAUUUUGUUUUUAUAUUUUUAACGAUAUCAACAGUGUAGGACAAUCUUCAGCUGAAGGAAAAGUUUAUUUGAAAAAAGUUGCAAUUUCUCUUGCUGAUAGAAAAAAGAAGCGUACUCCCGUUAAAUAUCCCUUAUGUUCUACAUUUUCUACAAAAAAUAAACAUCGUAGUAUAUUGUUACUUCCACAACAUGAAUUACGUAAAUUGGCUAGACUUGGUGGAAGAAUACAAGUUCAAGGUUUUCAUCAUAUAGCUAAGGCAAAUAUGUCAGUAUGGCCAUACCCUUGCCCUAGACCAUUAUUUAAAACUUGCUGGUUAUACAGAACAGUUGGUAUAAAAUCAUUGACAGCAGCAGCUCUUCAAUUAAGAAUAUUAUGGGCUUGUCUCCGUUGGGAUGAUAUGGCUGCAAAACCGUUAUCUACAGAUGGCAAACAUCAAAUUACAACUGACACUGAAAUUAUGUCAUUGGAAAUUCUUAAACAUCGUCACGUUGGUCAGUUUUUAGAUAAAACACAGUAUUUACGUAGAAAAGUUGUUAUACCUUUGGAACUUCCAAAACAAGUUAGAGAGGUCACAUCUAUAAGAAGUGGUUUAAGGAAAAGAAAACGACCAGAAUCACCACAAAGUACUGAACCACAAGUUACAGAAGAAUGGGUAGAUGAGGAUAAAUUGGAAUUGUGGGAAAUUAAACAGUAUGGUGAUAGGUUAGAGAAGGCUAAUGCCCAGAUUAUUACUAGGAGUCGAUCGGGACAACCACAAUCCACAGUAGGUUCUAACCGAAAUGCAGGCUCAAAUUCUGGUAUGAGCGAUCAACUAGUUAGUGGUAAAGCAACACCUGAAGAAAUUAAAGAAAAGAUGGAGCAACAGUUACGUAUGCAACGAGCUGCUCAUCAACAAAAAAGAGCACUGGAAACCCUAAAAAGUCCAGCUAAUUCUGGUUCACCUACACAAGUUGUAAAAGUUACAACUAACUCCACUCAUGAUGGCACAGUUAAAUUAGUUUCCAAAGUUGCAAUACCAGCAAAUCCAAACAGUGGAACAAAAUCACAGUUAACUUCCCUUUUGACGACACCUGCACAGAAUAAACCUUUUAUUAGUACAAAACGUAUUUAUAUGACGAAAUCAUCCCUUGGAACAACAAAAGUUGUUUCUGGGCCUGCGAGCAUAUUACCGAAGACACAAGCUGGAAAUCAACAAUCUCUGAUUAAAGUUUCUAGUCAAGCAGCACCUGUACAGCAGAUUCAGCAAAAAGUGCAGAUUAUAAGAGGUCCAGAUGGAAAACUUCAAGUCCGAGGUUUGAUGCCUGGUCAACAGUUAGUUCAAAUGCCCGAUGGGAAACUUCACGUGUUAAAUAAUAGUCAAACAAUUACUACCCUUACACAAAGUGGUGGAACAAGUACACAGGCAAAAACAGCUACUGCAACAGCUGCAGUUAAAGCAGGUACAACAGCUAAUUGUACUACUAAGACCAGUCCAUCUAAAACAGCAACAAAUGCAACACAACAAAUACAAGUUGCUCAGCAAUCACAAACUCAGUCUCAGCAAGCAAUUCAACGUUCAUCAACAAAUACUGUAACUAUUGCCACUACAUCAGUACAACCAACAAAGAAUGCUAUUGUAGUAGCCAAUACAGGACAAAUUGUACAAGGUGCACAAGUCAUAUCUUCUGGUGGACAAGUCAUUAGUGGAAAUCAAAUUGUGGUCACUAAUGCUAAUUUAGCACAGCAGCUUGCAUCAGGCAAAGCUCAAUUAACGACAAUCGGUGGUCAUCAAGUAGUUAUUCGUAGUACUCCAACAGGCAAUCAAAUAGUUCAUUUAAAUUCAACAAAUAGUGGUAUUAUUGUAAAAAAUACUGUAACACAGAAUAAACAAGUUCCUGUAUUACAAUCUACUCAAUCAACAACUACUACAACAGGAGCACAAUCAACUGAUACAACAAAUAAUAUUGGUAGUAAUACAUCGACGAAUGUGACAUCGACUACUACUACAGCUACAACAAAUCAAACCUCUAAUGCUCCAGCACCUGGAAGUGUAGAAGCAUCUUUAUUAGCUGGUCAGCCACCUGGAACUGUUAUUAAAUGCGUUACUGCUCAAGUUAUACAAACUACACAAGGUCCUCGUAUAGUUUUACAAGGGUUACAAGGUGCAGAUUUUACUCCACAACAACUUGUAAUGGUACAACAGCAGGUUAAACAACAGCUGCUUAAAGCUCAAGCCACAACAGGAAAACAAGGAGUUUUGGGACCUACCAAAAUUUAUUUAGCUGUUCAACCCGCACCUAGUAGUCAACAAUCAAUUCAAAGUUCUACUACAGCAAAUACUCCUGCUUCACCAGCAACAAAACCACAAACUGCACAACAACCAGUUGUUUCACCACCAGCAGCAACUGAACCUCAAACGGGAACUGAAAGCAUUCCAGAGCUUCCAUCUACAGCAACAUCAAGUUCUCCUGAAAAACCGAAAGUAGUUGUUCAACAAGUUGCACAACCUAGUGUCACUACAGAAGAGGAAUCACAAAAAACAAAUGUAGCUAAUGGUCAGCAACCUUUGCAAUCUUUAAAAGAAGGAAACGAUUCCUCGGCUAACAAAUUUAUUUUAACGCCUGAUUACAUACAACAAACCAUCAAGAAUGCAUUGAAACAAGAAAACCUUAAUCCCGAAAUAGAAGAAAAGCUGUUGCAACUACAACGGUAUCAAGAGAAACAGAUGAAAGGUGGUGUUGAAAAUUCAGCAACCAAUAAUCAAACUCAUACUACGCCUACAAUUACAACUCCACGUGUCCCAUCCCGUAAAAGACCGGCACCUUCUAACAUUCCAACAACAACAUCAUCUACAAAUGUACAAUCAACAGCAAACAAUAAAGAUACAGAUUGGGCAGAAACACCUAGAAAGAAACUCGCAUUAAAGCAAGAAAAUCGUGAAAUUCCGAAAGUACAAAAAGUUGAACCGACAGAAAAUGAAUCAACACCACAAAAACGAACAGCAAAGCUAAAAGACAGUCAAGAACAACGGAGAAAGCAACAGGUACAUUCUCGAAUGCAAGUUCUGUUAUUUAGACAUAAAGAAUUACUUAAAAAGGAUAUUUUAAAGAAGAGAGCACUGUUGGAAAAAGAAUUACAAAUAGACAUACAGAAGGAUUUAUCCGCCGAAUUAGCCUCUAGAACAAAAGCAGAAAGACACAAACAAGAUGAAGUAAAAGUGGGUAGUGCAAAGCGUAAAGCAAACGCUCAAGUGGCUCAACAAGUUAGUCCGCCUAAUAGAGGUGGAAGGCCAAAAAAAUAUAAAGCUCAAGGAAGUAAUACUACACCACCAGGUGCUUCAACUGCAGCUACUACGAAUAGAAUCAAAAAAGAGAAGUUAUAUUGUUUAUGUAGAACACCAUAUGAUGCAACAAAAUUUUACGUGGGGUGCGAUCUUUGUAACAAUUGGUUUCACGGAGAUUGCGUUGGAAUUACAGAAAAAAUGUGUAAAACUCUUUCAGAGUUCGUUUGUACAGAAUGUAGACAUGCGAGAGAUACACAAGAAUUAUAUUGUCUAUGCAAACAGCCUUAUGACGAAUCUCAAUUUUAUAUUUGCUGCGAUAAAUGUCAAGACUGGUUUCAUGGUCGAUGCGUGGGUAUUCUACAAUCAGAAGCAGACAAUAUCGAUGAAUAUGUUUGUCCGAAUUGUCAACGAAAUUCGUCUGUUAAUUUCGCUAAUAUGAAAAAUCUUAAUGCAAAAGAUCUUGAUCUCCUAAAGAAAUUAAUUAAGCAAAUACAGGCACAUAAAAGUGCUUGGCCGUUUAUGGAACCAGUAGAUCCAAAUGAAGCACCAGACUACUAUAAAGUUAUAAAGGAGCCAAUGGAUCUGCAAACGAUAGAAUUGAGGAUAAAUGAUAGAUCCUAUAAGAAGCUAAGUGAAUUUAUUGGCGACAUGACAAAAAUAUUUGACAAUUGUCGUUAUUAUAACCCAAAAGAAUCACCUUUCUUUAAAUGUGCAGAAUCCUUAGAAACUUAUUUUGUUCAUAAGAUUAAGAGUUUGAGAGAAAAGUUCUCUGAAGGAAAGUAAGCUAUUGAACAGUAGAAAAGAAAAAACGAAAAAACUGUAACUAUAAACGUGUGGAAGUGCUAAGCAUCGACGGUUUAAUUUGUGUAACGACAGAAAUAAUCUGUGCCAGUAGAAGAGACAUUCGAAGUAGCCAUAAGUAUAUAGGAAUAGGACGUAUAAGUUCACUAUUUAUUAGGAUUGUGUGAACAUUUUGAUUUGCCUUUACAGAAGCGAACUUUAUUUGAAUCGUGUCGUACAGUGAAUUUUGAACCAGAACUUGUAACAUUUUGGCCUUAAAACAUAUACAG